AUGCAUUAUGCUCAAAAAAGCCUUCCAGCCUAUCUUGAACGUUCACCUCACAAUAUUGUGUUGUAUUAUAAAGGAUAUAAAGCCGAAGAGUGGGCUGUCUGGAUUAUUAUGUACUCAUUACCUCUAUUAAAAGGUAAAAUGCCACAAAAACAUUACGAGGGAUGGGCGAAUUUUGUUAAAGCCAUGCAUCUGUGUCAAAAAUUAUUAUUGACACUUAAAGAUAUUGACGAUAUUCAAUUUUAUGGACAAGUUGAAUAUUAUCUGGUCUAUGAAUUUGAAGAGCAAACUUAUAUGUUAGCAUAUGUUUAUUGGGCUGCUAAUAUUAUAGAGGACAAUAUAGGGCUUAUUUCAUUUCAAAAAUAUGAUGCACAUGAAUUUAUUGAUUUAUCUGCUAUAGAUUGUUGUAUAGGUUUUUUUCAACUUAGAAACACGUAUUAUGUGAUAGAUAAGAAAUUUGAUGAGAAAUUGGAUGAAGAAUAUGGCUUAUAG